AUGCAAGCACCCGAGUCCAUCAUGAGCCCCACGCGGAGGUCCACGCCCCCAAACAGGAAGCGGCGGGAGCGCACGGUGUACAGCAAAGAGCAGUUGGAGGCGCUCCAAGAAGCCUUCCUGAAGAACGAGUACCCGAGCUACCAGGACCGCCUGCGCCUGGCGGCCAGGCUCCACCUGGACGAGCACAGAGUGCAGGUGUGGUUCAAGAACCGCCGGGCCCAGCGCUCCCGUCUGGAACGGCGACAGGCCCAGGGCGGAUACCAGAGGGCCCGCCAUGCGCCCACGGACCCCGGAGCCCCCCGGACCCCCGCCCCCGCCCCGGAAUCUGCUGCCGCAGCAGCGAGCCCCAGUUUCCCAGACAGCCCGGGACUCUACAGCCGUCUUCCUCCCCCCAGCCCCGCGGGGGUGCUCCCAGCGCCCGAGCCCGGCGUCUCCAGCCACCAGUCGGCCAUGUGGGUCCCGGCACAGGGCGUCCACGUGUACGGCCCGGCUGCUCCAAGCCCGGCCCCGGCCCCGGCCCCGGGCUGGCCUCAGGACCCCGACGCCCCGAACUACCGCCCAGGUCCUCUUCUGCUUCCUGACUGUGCCGUGAUGUUCUCAUCCCAGGAGCUCUCGUCCCCGACGUCUGGGCACCAAACGGGAAAUAGCUUUGCGGAUGAGAAUGACACAGGCCCCCGGCAGUUCACGAAUUUAUAG